AUGGACCACUCUUCAUCUUCCUCAUCAAUGUCCAUGGCCAUGGUCUUUGUUAACAACCACGACACUCCUCUUUUCUCCAAUGCCUGGACACCCUCCUCCAGCGGCACCUAUGCCGGAACCUGCAUCUUUCUUAUUGCCCUCGCCAUCAUCGGACGAUGUCUCGUCGCAUUUAAAGCCAUCCUGGAACAACGAUGGACAGCUGCUCACCUCAACCGCCGUUAUGUCGCUGUCCAAGGAAAGACUGCCGAAGCCGGACGUAUCGAAUCUGACCCGGACGCAAAGACUGCUUCUUUGGUGACUCCUCAGGGCGUGGAGGAGACGGUUAAGGUGGUGCGUCGGGUGACAAACGAGCCGUUGCCUUGGAGGUUCAGCGUGGACCUUCCUCGGGCGUUGAUUUACCUCUGUAUUACUGGAGUGUCUUAUUUACUGAUGUUGGCUGUCAUGACGAUGAACGUAGGAUACUUCUGUUCCGUGCUGGGCGGUGCUUUCUUGGGGGAAUUGGCUGUGGGACGAUACAUUCAAUGGAAUGAUCACGACCAUUGA